UUCUUUGAAUUUACUGUGUUCAUUGGAAUUAAAGUUACUGUAAUUGAUUAUCAGCAUAGAGAGAAGAAAAAAAAUGACAGAGCAGCUCAAGUAAUCAAAACAAAUAUGAAAUUGUUGAAAUUAACUUUAGAUGAUAAAAUGAAAUGUGUGAUUAUAACAUAUUUAGAUAUUACCAAAAUUAAAAUUUCUGCUCAUGCUUUGAAUUCAGCUCUUGAAACAAAAUAUGGCAAUAUUAUUUUAUUAUAUGAUGGUCCAACAUUAAGACAAGGAGG